AUGGCAGACCCGGCUCGGAUAAAGACUGAAUCCAACUCUGAGCAAUCAUUGGCUGCUGGAGAAAGCCCUAAAACCGAAGACACUGAAGAAGUGCCCGUGACCUCUGCAGACACUGAAUCAAAAGAUACAUCCUCACAAUCAAUCAUACACGAAAACAAACAGGUCAGUGUGUUGGAAUAACUAUAACUUAUAAAGAGUGUCAUGAUAUAGAAAAUGGCCCCAAAAGUACUGGAACCCUACAACAACCUUCCAACAGAGCUCACGAGCCGCAUUCAAGAUAUAGUCAACUAUUUGUUACAUCUUCCGUACAAUAUCUACAAUCCUCUGUUUACUUUGCAUGACCUGCUGAAGGACUCUGUGGCUGAGGAUGAGGGAACCGCAGGUCAUCCUGCUUCCAAAAAGCUGAAAGUAGAGCCUGAGAAGAAAAAGGACAGGCGCCAAAAGGUUGACGAGGAUGAGAUACAGAAGAUGCAGUAAGAUUCAGAUACUGUACAUUCUAUUAACAAAGUGUUUGUGUGGUAACUGCACAAAGAUAUUUGUUGCAAGCAUUCGUACAUGACAAAUUUUCCCUCUCGUGUUGUCCAGGGUUUUAGUCUCCUCCUUUUCCGAGGAGCAGCUUAACCGCUAUGAGAUGUACAGACGCUCGGCCUUCCCCAAAGCUGCUAUCAAGAGGGUAAGACCUUUAGGCAGUUGAAUGUAAUAUUUCAGUUCAAUUUCAAAUCAACAAAUUCACUGAUGCAUGUAUGCUGUAUUUCAACAUAUGUUGUCUUUACCUGGUUGAUACAGCUGAUACAGUCCAUCACAGGAUCCUCAGUCUCUCAAAAUGUGGUUAUCGCCAUGUCCGGUAUUUCCAAGGUCUUUGCUGGAGAAAUAGUGGAAGAAGGUGAGUAAGGGACAUCACUGGGUUAAUAUUGACCAGACAUGAGAUCUUGAUUGUCUUGCAUCUCCACCAACAAAGACUUUGAGGCAUUUUGACUACUGACAUGCUUCUGUUUGGCCCUGCAGCUCUGGACGUGUGUGAGAAGUGGGGGGACAUGCCUCCCCUGCAGCCCAAGCACAUGAGGGAGGCUGUCAGGAGGCUGAAGAGCAGAGAGCAGAUCCCCAAUAUAAAGCACAAGAACAUUCUCUUCCACUGA